GUCUCCCGGUGUCUCAGUCCGUAAACCAGCCGCUGUCUCCCGGUGUCUCAGUCCGUAAAUCAGCCGCUGUCUCCCGGUGUCUCAGUCCGUAAAUCAGCCGCUGUCUCCCGGUGUCUCAGUCCGUAAAUCAGCCGCUGUCUCCCGGUGUCUCAGUCCUGACUGACCGGAUGGAGAUCGUCCAUGUGUACACGAAGCUCCGAGGUGAGUUCGGCCGACAGUGUCUCUUCUCAGACCGGCCUGCGGAGCUGCUGGUGGACGUCCCUCCGGACCCGAGUCUGACUGCGCUGUUCAUCCAGAAGAACCCCCGAGACCAGGCGCUGCAGGCCGGCCAGGACAUGUCGGAGCACACGGUGAACACAGAGCGCUUUGAGUAUGACAGCUGUGGGAUCAACCAUGUGGAGGGGGGGUGGCCCAAAGACGUGAACCCUCAGGAGAUGGAACAGACCAUCCGCUUCAGGAAGAAGGUGGAGAAGGACGAGAGCUACGUCAACAGCGUCCUGCAGCUGGGCAGCGUCAUGGAGCACUGCAUCAGACAGAACAACGCCGUGGACAUCUACCAGGAGUACUUUGAGGAUGAGGACGAGGUGGAGGACAACCAGGAGCCACCAUCUGCCAAGACCAUCAGCGUCUUCAGAGAUCCUAAUGAGGUGAAGCGGACCGUCACUGGCCUGUCGUGGCACCCUGACGGCGGCAGGAAGUUGGCGGCAGCUUACUCCUGUCUCGAGUUCCAGAAAACGUCCAAAGACCUGAGCUUGGACUCAUACAUCUGGGACAUCGAGAACCCGAACAGACCAGAGAUGUCUCUGAAGCCAGUGUCCCCGCUCGUCUGUCUCGACUACAACCCCAAAGACUCCCACACACUGGUGGGAGGCAGCUACAAUGGACAGAUCGCGUACUGGGACACCCGGAGAGGAAGUCAGCCAGUGGAGACAUCCUCUGUGGAGAUGAGUCACCGAGACCCUGUCUACAAGAUCAUCUGGCUGCAGUCCAAAACCGGGACGGACGCCUUUUCUACCUCCACCGACGGACAGGUUCUGUGGUGGGAUGUCCGCCGGCUGACUGAACCCACAGAGCGUCUGGUUGUGGACCUGAGCAGGGACGGGAACCUGGACCGAGCUCUUGGAGCCGUGUCUCUGGAGUUUGAGUCCACCAUGCCCACUAAGUUCAUGGUGGGGACGGAGCAGGGCGUGGUGGUAUCCUGUAACAGGAAGGCGAAGACGCCGGCAGAGAAGAUCGUCUCCACAUACGAUGGACAUCAUGGACCCGUCUACGCUCUGCAGAGGAACCCAUUCUUCCCCAAGAACUUCCUGACGGUGGGGGACUGGACAGCCCGCAUCUGGUCUGAGGACAUCAAGGAGUCAUCCAUCAUGUGGACCAAGUACCAGAUGUCCUACUUGAUGGACGCCUGCUGGAGUCCCGUCAGACCAUCCGUCUUCUUUACCGUCACGAUGGAUGGCGUGUUGGAUGUCUGGGACAUCCUGUUCAAACAGAACGACCCCACGCUGAGUCUCAAGGUGUGUGACGAGGCCCUGUACAGUCUCCGUCUCCAGGACAAUGGGCGGUUAGUGGCAUGUGGCUCUCAGCAGGGAGGAGCCACGCUGUUGGAGGUGUGCGGUGGACUGUCCACGCUGCAGAGGAAUGAGAAGAGUCUCCUGGCCGCCAUGUUCGAGCGCGAGACGAAGCGGGAGAAGAUCCUGGAGGCGCGUCAGAGGGAGAUCCGCUUGAAGGAACGCAGCCGGUCGGAGCAGAGCCGAGAAGACGACGGGGGGCGGGAGGACGGAGACGACAGUCCAGAUCAGCUGAUCGCCAGAGCCGAGGACGAGUUCUAUGCCGUCACGGAGGCAGAGCUGAGGAGGAGGGACAGGGAGGAGCUAAAGAACCGGGAGAAAGACGUCUGUGAAGAAAAGGAAGUGACAGAAGAACGUGGUGGAACGUCACUGUGAAGGAGAAGAACGUUUGUUCUGAUGACAUCUUCGCUGUCACUGUGUCACUGUCAAUAUGUUAGUUGAAUGUGUUACUGUGUUAACCAUUCAUGGUCAUGUUAGUUCAAUCAAUCAAUCAGUCAAUCAAUCAAUCAAUCAAUCAAUUUUAUUUAUAAAGCCCAAUAUCACAAAUCACAAUUUGCCUCACAGGGCUUUACAGCAUACGACAUCCCUCUGUCCUUAUGACCCUCACAGCUGAUCAGGAAAAACUCCCUAAAAAACCCUUUAACGGGGAAAAAACGGUAGAAACCUCAGGAAGAGCAACUGAGGAGGGAUCCCUCUUCCAGGACGGACAGACGUGCAAUAGAUGUCGUACAGAACAGAUCAACAUGAUAAAUUAACAGUAAUCCACAUGACACAAUGAGACAGAGAGAGAGAGAGAGAGAGAGAGAGAGAUGCAGGUAAUGACAGUAGCUUACAUCAAAGUUUGAUGUGUCAGGAUUCGUGUUCAUGUUAGUUUGAUGUUUUAAGUUUAAGUUUAUUUCCUUUAUUAAUCCCCCUGAGGGGAAAUUCAAUGUUUUCACUCUUGCUUGUCAAUUACACACAGGUCUGAAAGACACACACAUGCACAAACAGGACCUAUACAUGUACUAAGUGGAGAGAUGUCAGAGGGGGCUGCCCUUUGGUCAGGCGCCCCGAGCAGUUGGGGGGUUCGGUGCCUUGCUCAAGGGCACCUCAGCAGUGCCCAGGAGGUGAACUGGCACCUGUCCACGCUCCAUAUUUGGUCCGGACGGGGACUCGAACAGGCGACCCUCCGGUUCCCAACCCAAGUCCCUAUGGACUGAGCUACUGCCGUGCUAACAUUAGCUCAGACUUCAUGUUCAACGUGUUAGUUUGAUGUGUUCGCGGGCUAACCUUAGCUCAGGAUUCAUGUUCACCAUGUUAGUCUGAUGUGAUAGUAUGCUAACAUUAGCUCAGGAUUCAUGUACACCAUGUUAAUGUGUUAGCAUGCUAACAUUAGCUCAUUAGCAGGUGUUCAUUUGGCCAAGCAAUGUGGCUUUGAUUAAGGGUACACUUUACCCUUUGAUUCGAAGUUUUCUUAAAAAAUUGCGUAAAAUAAAAACAAAAGACAACUACUUAAAUCUGGAAGUCCCGCCCCUCAGACAAAGUAAAAAACACAGACCCCUCCUCUGUUUUUAAUUUUUUUUUGACAUGGCCCCCAAAAAAUAAGGAACAGUCCCUAACUUGAUUCAUGUUGUGUGGCUCAGACUGUUAUUUAGUGUUAUAUAAUUAUUAACAGGCUGAAAUGUUUCUAGUUGUUGUUUAAUUAUAAAUACAUAAAAAUAAAUAAAACUCCAUCG